CAGUCGAGUACCGGCUCAGGUACCGCAGAGAUAUUAGUACCCCGUUACCUACUGUUCUGUUUACAUUGGUAGAAACAUCCAAGCACGAGGUGAAAAACCACCCAACAAGUGUUUAACAGUGUUUAGUGUUUUUUAACGUUACCAGGCACCUCGGCAACAUGGAAUCCUGGUUAGUAGAUGUCAAAAGGGUGCACAUCCCCAGGCCAAAAUUCGGCAGCGGAUCCCGCUGCUACGGCUACGGUUAUCCCACGGAACCACCAAAAGACUACGUGAACGACGAGAGAUCAGAAGAAUAUAAACUGAAGACUUCGUUGCAGAGUACAAAUCUGGCCAAAGCCACGGAAGAACUUCGGAGAGCGUUGCAAAAAUUGUAAUACUUUACUGGUAUUUGUUGUGGCGAAAAUGCACUUAUGAUAAUGUUCGCAAAUCAAGAACGUUUUUUGUUUGCUAAAAAUCGGUGAACUACAAAAUGAGUACGUAGAAAUAGAUAAAACGGCAAGGAGGACAAACUUGUGCUACUUUAGUUUCUGUGUCGAAUACAUGAAUACAAAAAGGUGAAUAAUUGAGAGAAAUUUUCUACUCUUUUAUAUUUAGCCAUCUGCUACACUACAAGAAUGAUAACCAAUAAAUUUGGCGGUUGAAAGUGUAAUUUACUUUGACAAUUCUUUAUUCUUAACGUUUUUUAUUUUCUCCUACUUGAACUUAAACUAAAGAAGAAGAAUUGACCUUACUUUUUAUUAUUUAACCAUGUGUUAUACUACAGGAAUAAUAACCAACUUGCUCUGCAACAAUUUUGGUCACUGAACGAUAAAAAUGUAAUUUAUUUGGACAGUUUUUUAUUAUUAAAACCUUUUAUAUUUUAAGAAAGCUUGAUUUUAACCUAUUUGUUAAAAGUUAAAAAAAUUUAAUGAAGAGGUUUUUGUUACUGAAACAUUUAAAGAAGAAUAAUUGAUAAAAAUAUAUCGUUCCCUCAAAAUUUCCUUUUGAUAAUUUGUUUUUUGUUCCGUUUGAAUUUACAAUAAAAAUAUAACGGUCUUUAAGAAACUGGAAUCAGUAAAUAUUUUAAUGCCCUAACAAGGUGUACUUCUGAGACGAUUUUUGAUAUUUCAUUAAGAUAUGUGCUAUACUAAAUAUGUUUCAAUAUACAGGGUGUUACUAAAUAAGUGUCGCAAUGGAAAACUGUAAAUUCCU